AUGUUUUCCGACAUGGUGGAGACGGAUAGCAAAAGUACGGCUCAGAUCGUCGAGGAUACCAAAGCAAACGACGUGCUCCAUGAGCACACCCCCAAUCCCGACGAAGAACCUACACCUCACCUCCACGCCAAAACUUUUCUGAUCGUCUUCGCCGUGAUGGUGGUCUAUAUGGCACAGCUGAUCAAUCUCACUGGAUGUGGCGCCUACGGUAGAGCUGUCGCGGCAUCUGUUGGCGGAGCUCAAGACGCCUCAUGGCUCGUGGUUUGCACCGUUCUCAUGGUCGCAGUCUUUGGUCCUCCAGUCAGCCAGGCUGCCGACUACUGGGGUCGGCGAUGGUUCUUAAUCGGACCUACAGCCUGCGGUGUUGUCGGAUCCAUAAUCCUGGCAAGAGCCACCUCAAUGCCCAUGGCCAUAGCAGGAGAAGCCAUUCUCAGUCUCUCAUAUGCUGCCCAGCCGCUGCUACACGCCGUUGCCUCCGAGGUCUUAACUCAUCGCAACAGAGCGGCUGCUCAGGCAGCAGUCAACGUCGGUUCAGGAAUAGGGGCGUGCAUUGGCCUUCUAGCGGGCUCCAAACUCACCGCACCGUUGAACGGGUUUCGCAACUUCUGGUACAUGACCGCUGGUGCCUAUGCUCUCGGAGUGAUUGUUGUCUACAUCUUUUAUACUCCGCCCCCGCGGGAACAGCAACUGAAACUCACAUUCAAAGAAAAGAUUAGCAAGCUCGAUGGGAUCGGAUUUGUCCUCCUGUGUAUUGGACUUACCUUGUUUGUGAUGGGUUUGUCGUGGGGGGAGAACCCUUACCCCUGGAAGAACGGACAUGUCCUGGGCCCUCUCCUAAUUGGUGUAUCAUUCCUUGCGGCGUUCGUCAUUUAUGAAUGGAAGUUCACCUGCGUGGGCAUGGUUCAUCAUGAUCUGUUCUCAAGAGAUCGCAACUUUGCCAUUGCCCUUGGAUGCGUCUUCUCCGAAGGCCUGAUUUUCUUUGCCGCCAACGUGUACUUUCCUUACCAAGUGGGACUUCUAUAUGAGGUGGACGGGACGAUGCUUCUGUGUCGCUUUUACUGUCUACACGAUCUUCGUCAUGGCCCGGCAAUCUACUGCUACAGGUACAAGCGACUCCGGGCGCCGAUGAUUUUCGCAUUUAGUUGUUUCCUCGCAUUCAAUAUCUGCAUGGCAACAACAACACUGGGUAGCGGUACAGCGGUCUGGGGCUACCCAGUCCUCCUAGGUUGUGCCCUCUCCGUGGCUCUCUGUGUCCUGGUUACAGCUGCCCAGCUCAGUACUCCACCGCACUUGAUCGCAAUUACCAGUGGUUUGAUGAUUUCGAUGCGCUCCAUUGGAGGCAUCGUGGGUGUAGCUAUCUACACGGCCGUUUUCAAUUCGAGAUUGGCCGACGUUCUGGAGAGGAAUGUUGCAAAAGCAGCUCUCCCUCUCGGUUUACCACCAACGUCUCUGCCCCUGUUGAUUGCAGAUCUCUCGGCCAACAACAAAACAGCAAUUGCAACAAUCCCAGGCAUCACUCCCCUGAUUAUACAGGCAUCGUCACGAACCUUCCUACAGUCCUUCGUGACCUCCUUCCGCGGCGUUUGGAUAACUGCUUCAACUUUUGCCACCGCAGCUCUCAUCGCAUCUUUCUUUGUGUACGAUCCGAUCAACGACUUCACUCAGCACAUUGACGCUCCCGCCGAAAGGGAAGAAGACAUGUAUGGAGAACGAUAA